UCAGACCAGGAGUCACACUGAGGGAAGCUCUACAAAGGGGCGUGGCUCUAUGUUGGUCACGUGUUAUGUUGCUGUCACUCAGUCAGCCUAUGACAGUUACACUGUAAGAAAGGGAAGCUCUAUAAGGGGGCGUGGUCAUUCUGUCAGGCUGUGGGAGAGGGAAGCUGUUGUAAAGGGGGUGUGGUCAGGGCGUGGCACACGCCUUCAGAGGUCGCGAGAUCUCGCGCUCGGAUAGAACCCCGGUUACACCAUUGGCCGCUGACGUCACAGGGAGUGGACGGAGACCAUAGAGAGCCGCGCAGUAGGGGGAUAGACUGUCACAGGCCGCGGUCGUUCUGUCGUGUUUACCGAUCCGGUGACCCUGGCUCCCAGCUUCCCGUCCCCGGCCGCCCAGCCCCGGAGCGCUCCCCGCCGCGGGAGGAUGAAGGCCUCGUGUGAGGCGGAGUCCGGGGCCUGGGGCUCUCUGGGCCGAGCCUGGAAACACAUGUCCUGGCUGUACUACCAGUACCUGCUGGUAACCGCACUGUACAUGCUGGAGCCCUGGGAGAGGACCAUCUUCAGUAUCCUUUAUCAUAUAAUAUAAUAUAUAGCCAGGGUGUGAUAAUAUAAUAAUAUAUAGCCAGGGUGUGAUAAUAUAAUAAUAUAUAGCCAGGGUGUGAUAAUAUAAUAAUAUAUAGCCAGGGUGUGAUAAUAUAAUAAUAUAUAGCCAGGGUGUGAUAAUAUAAUAAUAUAUAGCCAGGGUGUGAUAAUAUAAUACUGUAACAUAGAGCCGCACUGUACAUGCUGGAGCCCUGGGAGAGGACCAUCUUCAGUAUCCUUUAUAUAUAAUAUAAUAUAUAGCCAGGGUGUGAUAAUAUAAUAAUAUAGCCAGGGUGUGAUAAUAUAAUACUGUAACAUAGAGCCGCACUGUACAUGCUGGAGCCCUGGGAGAGGACCAUCUUCAGUAUCCUUUAUAAUAUAUAAUAAUAAUAUAUAAUAAUAAUAAUAAUUAAUAAUAUAUAGCCAGGGUGUGAUAAUAUAAUAUAUAAUAAUACUGUAACAUAGAGCCGCACUGUACAUGCUGGAGCCCUGGGAGAGGACCAUCUUCAGUAUCCUUUAUCAUAUAAUAAUAAUAUAUAAUAAUAAUAUACUAUAAUAAUAUAUAAUAUACUGUAACAUAGAGCCGCACUGUACAUGCUGGAGCCCUGGGAGAGGACCAUCUUCAGUAUCCUUUAUCAUAUAAUAUAAUAUAAUAAUAAUAUAUAGCCACGGUGUGAUAAUAUAAUAAUAAUAAUAAUAAUAAUAUAUAGCCAGGGUGUGAUAUAAUAAUAUAUAGCCAGGGUGUGAUAAUAUAAUACUGUAACAUAGAGCCACACUCUACAUGCUGGAGCCCUGGGAGAGGACCAUCUUCAGUAUCCUUUAUCAUAUAAUAAUAAUAAUAUAUAAUAAUAAUAUACUGUAACAUAGAGCCGCACUGUACAUGCUGGAGCCCUGGGAGAGGACCAUCUUCAGUAUCCUUUAUAUAUAAUAAUAUAAUAAUAAUAUACUGUAACAUAGAGCCGCACUGUACAUGCUGGAGCCCUGGGAGAGGACCAUCUUCAGUAUCCUUUAUAUAUAAUAAUAUAUAGCCAGGGUGUGAUAAUAUAAUAAUAUAUAGCCAGGGUGUGAUAAUAUAAUACUGUAACAUAGAGCCGCACUGUACAUGCUGGAGCCCUGGGAGAGGACCAUCUUCAGUAUCCUUUAUAUAUAAUAUAAUAUAUAGCCAGGGUGUGAUAAUAUAAUAAUAUAGCCAGGGUGUGAUAAUAUAAUACUGUAACAUAGAGCCGCACUGUACAUGCUGGAGCCCUGGGAGAGGACCAUCUUCAGUAUCCUUUAUAAUAUAUAAUAAUAAUAAUAUAUAAUAAUAAUAAUAAUUAAUAAUAUAUAGCCAGGGUGUGAUAAUAUAAUAUAUAAUAAUACUGUAACAUAGAGCCGCACUGUACAUGCUGGAGCCCUGGGAGAGGACCAUCUUCAGUAUCCUUUAUCAUAUAAUAAUAAUAAUAAUAAUAUAUAAUAAUACUGUAACAUAGAGCCACACUCUGCAUGCUGGAGCCCUGGGAGAGGACCAUCUUCAGUAUCCUUUAUAAUAUAAUAAUAAUAUAUAGCCACGGUGUGAUAAUAUAAUACUGUAACAUAGAGCCGAACUGUACAUGCUGGAGCCCUGGGAGAGGACCAUCUUCAGUAUCCUUUAUAAUAAUAUAAUAAUAAUAUAUAGCCAGGGUGUGAUAAUAUAAUAAUAUAUAGCCAGGGUGUGGUAAUAUAAUAAUAUAUAGCCAGGGUGUGAUAAUAUAUAGCCAGGGUGUGAUAAUAUAAUACUGUAACAUAGAGCCGCACUGUACAUGCUGGAGCCCUGGGAGAGGACCAUCUUCAGUAUCCUUUAUAAUAAUAUAAUAAUAUAUAGCCAGGGUGUAAUGAUAUAAUAAAUAGCCAGGGUGUGAUGAUAAUAUAAUAUAUAGCCAGGGUGUGAUAAUAUAAUAAUAAUAAUAUAGCCAGGGUGUGAUAAUAUAAUAAUAUAUAGCCAGGGUGUGAUAAUAUAAUACUGUAACAUAGCGCCGCACUGUACAUGCUGGAGCCCUGGGAGAGGACCAUCUUCAGUAUCCUUAAUAAUAUAAUAAUAAUAUAUAGCCAGGGUGUGAUAAUAUAAUACUGUAACAUAGAGCCGCACUGUACAUGCUGGAGCCCUGGGAAAGGACCAUCUUCAGUAUCCUUUCACAAUAACCAUUAUCAUACUACUGUCACAGAGCGACAGGGAAUAAUAUUAUAAUAUAAUACUGUAACAUAGAGCCAGGGUGUGAUAUUAUAAUCUCAUAUAGCCAAGGUGUGAUAUUAUAAUGUCAUAUAGAAUAUAGCCAAGGUGUACACAGGCUGUGUGCUCUGAUAUAGUUUAAUUAUAGCCAGGGUGUACACAGGUACAUAUAAUAUAAUGUAAUAUAGCAGUCAGGGAGCCACAGCUGGCAGACUCUUAUUAACUUCUAGUUAUUUAUUGAUUUAUUCAUUACUUGUGUAUUGGGGGCACUUUUUUUUUUUAUACUAGAGAUGCCAGCAGCCAAAAAUAAUAUCCCAAUUUUUUCUAGAACUGGGAAAGCAUCAUGGGAGUUGUAGUUCUAGACAACUGGGCAUCUACAUUUGGUCUCCCCUGAUUUACACAACACAAUUUAACACUUGUACUGUACAGUGUCUUGCUCAACACCGCAUGUUAUGUGCUCAUAGGGUGAUUCUCAUACUACAGGGUAGGUAGGGGUUUAAUCACUGAACAUAUAUACUUAAAACAUUUAGUGUAAAAUAGCCAAGCUUAAUAUUGGUUUAUUUUGCUUAAAGGGUUCUUUGCUAAAGUUUAGUUUUCACGUUGUAGGCUAACAUAAAUGAAUUGGAAAAUUCAGCAGUGUGGUUUUUUUUUUGUUUCCCAGCUGUGUACACUUUAGUGAAUAGCUGUGAAAUUGACUAAAAUUAGUCUCAUUCUAUUGGUUUAGUAAGUCUAUGGAAUGAAAUAUUUUUACAUGAGAUAGCUAUACGUUAACACCCAACUUUCUAGCCCUGCUGUUUUAGUGUAGAGCACAUUUCAUAAAAGUAUGACCUUUGCACUUAAGUGCCAUAUAAUAAGAAUAUUGUGACUCUUACCAACUCGUCAAUAUUCAAGGUGUUGGCAUACUUUAGGAAGCAACUAUGUAUAACUUUGAGAAUCGUUAGAUCCGUACUGUGUGUUUACUUGGUUUAAUGUAAAUAUACUGAAUGCAAACAGUACUUCUUUUUUUAAUUUUUAGUGAAGAAUUUGUGAGACUUAUAGGAUUCAUAAUUUGUAAAUUGAAUAUUUUCUAAUGGAAAUGAACUGCUAUAUAUUUGUUAUCUAAUAAGACCUGCCUUAUUUUACGUUGAAUUCUGCUGUCAUUCAUUUUUCUCUAUGAUUUUCAUUUUUAAACAAUUAUUUAUACUAUUAUUGUGUGAUACAUGUUGUGCAAGCAAUCCACAAAAGGAAAUGAUCUGUUCUUGAACAGGAAAUAAUGUGUAGAUUUAGGUAUUGGUUAUCAAUAUCUGAUUGUAGGUUGACUUGAUUCUUGCACACUGCAAGUGCAGUCAAUUGGACAGUAAUCCCCCAAACUUUUGGUUACUGUGGGGAAUGUAAGACAUUAAAAUCUUCUCACAUCUAAUACAAUUGCACCAAUAUUUUAUUUUCCAUUUGGUCUGUACUUUCAACGAAACAAAAUGCCAAUGCCAGAGGGAAACUAUGGAUUGCCUAACAGUCAGUGCAGGCUAGAAUUUAGGGAGUGUUGGAGAGACCUUUCGCUAACUGUAAAACAGAAAAAAAUGUGGAAAAGGUAAUUAUGAGGUCACUCAAUAGAAAAUGGUAAAAUCUAGGGCCAUAUAGCUGAAUCUGAAAUAUUCUCCAACCAUUAUAUUUCCAUGCUGGCUAUUAGUCCCUUGUUUAGGGACCUCAUAAUAACCCUUACCACUUUUUUUAUGGUGUACUGACCGAAACGUCUCUCCAACACUCCCUUAAUUGCAGCCUGUUUAAGCAUGUUGUGUAAUCUAUAGUUUCACUCUGGGUUCAGCACGCCUAUUUAUUUAUUUGGCAAUGUCAGUAUUCAACUGCAAAGUGUUUAUCCUAAAUAUUCAUUGAAUCCAGAGGAGACUGGUGAACUGUGAUUUAAAGUGUACUUAUCAUUGCGACUGAUUUGGUGUCUCUCUUUAACAAUCAUACAUUUUAAUCUAUGCAGUGUACCAGCAAAUUAAUGAUUGAAUUACUUUUUAUAAACAUAUUUUGGAAAAUCUUGUGCUUGAGUGCUCUGUCAUUGGUCUUAAAAUGAAAACUUCAGUCUGCUUGGAACUGUCACAUGCAUAGCUAACCCCCAACACAAAAUAUGUGGUGGCAUGCAACAGCCCUUACCAUGUGUAGGAAGCUACUCACGUUAUUUGGUAUGAGGUUGCUGGGUGUUGACUUGGUGGGUUUUGUUAUGAGUGUAGUAUUCUCCUAUUUGUUGCCAACCAAUUGCCUGUCAUAAAUAUAUGCUUCACAAUCAUUGUUCACUAUCAGCGGUCAAUCAAAAGAACUGUAAAAUGCAAUUAUUAUUGCAAGUUCCAGUCUGCUGCUGAAGGACAACAUUCUUGCUGUAUAUUGGCACAUGCUUAAUACAAAUCUGCAUGUUAAAUGAAAGUUUACCAGUAUUUGGAGUGUCUUUAUGCACCUCAUAUAAGAGUACAAAUUGCAAUGAAAAUCUUUAAAUUUGCAAAAAUGCAUUGAUUAGAUAUUUACCUACCUGAAUCAUAUCAUUUUAAAACAAGCCCAUUAUGUAUGUAUUCCCUAGCCCCUAAAAUCCAGUGAUGUCAGCUGCUGUCUUGAAAUUACUUGAAGUUGACUUUUUUUUUAACUCCAAAUGACAUGAUUAACGAAUCCAAAAAUCAGACACCACUUAUUUUGGGGGGAGGGGGAACCCUGACACCAGGCAUUAAAGGGACACCCCAGGCACCCAGACCACUUCUGCCCAUUGGAGAGGUCUGGGUGCCAACUCCCACUACCCUGGGAGUGGUCUGGGUGUGUGGGCGGACCCUAAACCAGAGCCGAGGGACAUCGGCGCUGGUCUCAGGUAAGUCACUGAAGGGGUUCUAACCCCUUCAGCAACAUGGGAUGGGCGGUGGGAGGGAGAGGGGACCUGCAGUGCCAGGAAAACUAUUUGUUUUCCUGGCACUGGAGUGUCCCUUUAAGAGGGCAGCAGAUUCAGAUGCAACAUGCUUAGAAAUCACUGCAGUGCAUGCUACCCUGCCACUUUCAUAUAUACAAAUUUGCAUUAGUAAGUGCCAAACACCCCUUCCCCUCUGGGAGGGGUUAUACAGCCAGUUUGAGAGCUCUCUGUCACUUUCUGUGUGAUCUUGCAGUUUGUGUAGUGUGAGUCACGUGACUUCAUUCCAAACAUACAACCAGACUGAAUUGAUAGCUGAUAGACCAUUUUAAUAUCAGGAAAUCCCUUAAAUUGGACAGCUACUUCCUCAGAGUAAGCAAGAAGGCUUUAGAAUUAUAAUACGCUUUAGAUUUUGCCAUUUAUUGAUUCUAAACAAGUAAAAGGUGAAGUAGCCUCAUUGCAGGGGUAUGGGCACGCUGGGCUCUGGACGUGUAUGCGUGUAUAUGGUAUGUGUUGCUAAGUAGUAUUACAAUAGUUACAUUGUGCCAUAAGUAGAUAAUUAUGUAUUCUUAUACAUGAUUGCAUUAGUUGUGUAUGACAAGUUAGUGUAGUUGCAUUUGACACAUGGAGGGAACAAACCACAUUGUUCUUGAAAUCGGAAAGUAAAAUAUCAGCCCUGCAAUUAAGGCAAGCAGAUGGUUUUGAGAAAUUCUCUGGCUUUUUUUUUAUUUUUAUUUUUUACUUUUUUUAGCCAAUUUGGAUGUCACUUCUCUACAAAUCAGAGCAUAGUGAACAAACAAUUGUAUAAUUUAAAUGAAAGCUUGAACAUUGAUUCCGAUAUAUUUAUAUUUUGUUGGCUCGAUCUUACAGUUGUGCAUUUUUUUAAUAGCCUGUCUAGCCAUAUAAAUGUAAUGGGAUGAAUUAAACUGGGAAAGUUACAUCCACAACCUUGCUUACCAGCAAAGCGAUCUUAGAAUAAUAUUCCACGUUUAUUACUGUAGUUUCCAUGCUACAACAUGGUGGGGACAAGUGUCAUUUUAAUGCUUCAGGGAACAAGAAAUAAAAGGGGAAUAUAUAGCCAUGACUACUUCCUAGUUUGUAGUCUGGAUCAUAAAUACUCAAAGUACCAUCACUACUUGUGUUUCUUGUAUAGUUUAUGGUAUAUUGUUUUAUUAAACAUUAUAGCAUUAGGAAGACCCCCACUGCCGGGGUUAAAAGGGGAUUUAACUUGCCUUUUCGCCAUCGCAGCAUCAAGGCAGUUGGCUUGUGGUCAAUGAUCUCAUCCAAUCCAGUGCUUUCCCAUAGAAAAGCAUUGAGAGGCUAGUGUACUGCCCCAAUCCUAUGUCUAUCUGACCAUCAGAUUGAAAUAGUGGACUCCACUAUUUAGCGGAAGUGGCUGUCGGUAUGAAGACGAAGUGGUCUUGGUGCCCCAUGGAGUCCCUUUAUAGUUUCAUCAAUCGACAUGAGCAUUGUUAUAUGACCACCCUCCAUUCUUUAAAGUUCGAGGGCAAACCUAGCUUCCCCCUUUCUUUUCAAGGUCUGGGAUUGUUUGUUUAUGCUGAACAAUACGUAAUCUGAGUGACUUUGCUUUGGGGUGCUUAUAUAGCAUGUAAGUGUGGAAAUAGAAGUUCCUGCAUAGGGAUUUAGUAUGGGGUAUGUAAGGUUCUCUCAUUGGAAAGAUCAAGGUUAGCGGAGACAGCUGAAAUGUUUACUGGGCUUUGGUGCAGUAAUGUUUUUAAUGUUCUCUGCAUGACUUUCACAUGUGAUGUCUUUGAAUUCUAAAACGAAAAAAGAGAACCCUGUUUAUAUAACAUUGAGCUUUUGAGAGGCCACAGGAUCUGUCAUCCUGAAUAACCGGAUUAGUCCAACACAUACUCCCUCCUGAUUUACUGACACACAAAAAACAAAAGAUACACAUUUAUUUCAUUACUGUGCACUUGGUAAGCACACAGGUUGUUAGAAAUAUAAAUGUCCAAAUGCACGCUGUUUCCCCAUUACAAUUAGCAAGGCUUUUUUUUUUGUCUGCUGGAUGUACAAUGGUAUAUAAAUCUGUUUAUAUUUUGACAUGUUCAAUCACUCCUGAAUUUCACUGAGAAUUUCCUGUAGUGUUUGUAUAACUCUUGGUUACCAUGCAGGGUCAGCUCUGUCAUCCUUCUGUUGGGAGUCCUGCAAACUAAACAUUUGCAUCCGGCUUCGACCUUGGUGCAGAGUGAAGGGAUGUCAUGUAAUAAUGCUCAGAGCAUAUUUUGCUUCAGUCCAAAAGUUUGCAGAAUCGUUGUUAAUCUGGCUUCCUUCUCCUUCCUUGCAUUUCAUAAUUACUGGUCCUCUGUAUCUGUCAGUAUAUGGGAUUUGGGAAGUUAUUUCAAAAUGCUGCUUUGGUUUAAGUGUAUAAAUCACUGUAAAAUGACAUUUUUGAAGCAGUCCGCUGAAUGUUAUAACUGGACUAGUGCACAAAUCCUUUUCACCUGUGAUUAACAAGUCGAAUUCCUGUUAUUUUGUGUCUGAACAAAUCAGUCCGUCACGUAAAUUUGUUUGGGAGAAGAUUAACAGCAAUUUGGUUAAUUUGUAGCUGGUUUAAAAGAUUUGUGCACAAGACUACUGAACUUUAUUGAAAUAUUUACUGGGGUGAGGUCUGCUGUUGCAGGAAAAUAAAACGUGAUUACACAGCAUUUGAGUUUCACUGUAAUUGCCUUGGCAUCUGCAGAAGCUGUCCCAAAAAAAUAAACAUGGAUCAAUUUGUAUUCUGUUUUGGAUCUGUUUGUAGUUGUACUUUUUUAGUACGCAGUUGUUAGAAUUCCUUAACCCUUUAUACCUCAGAUUCCAUGCUUAUAUCCAUCAUGGGAAUGGCCUUGUACACUGGAUAUAUAUUCAUGCCUCAGCAUAUACUGGCUAUCUUGCAUUACUUUGAGAUCGUUCAGUGACCAAGGGGGAGAGCCCUGCUCAGCAAGGGCUGUGAGAGAAGCACGGUUCAUUUCUCUCAGAGGGCAUACCUGGCACUGGAGCUGGACGCUGGCAUCGUGUUUGAAACGUGAACAUCCAGUCUUGGAACGAUGUAUGAUCAGUGAACUUCCACGGGACAUCUGAAGCUCUGUGUUAACAUUUGUAGUCAGAAGGGUCUGCAAAACAAUGCAGGGCUCUCCUUUACAAGUGUUGGUGUUAUUUUCUUGUUUGUAAUAUGAAUUUUAAUAUUGCACUGUAAAUGGCUUUAUUUUUUUAUUUUAAUGUUCAGCUAAUUCCAAUGUGUAUAUAUAUCUUGUCAAGCUUUGUAGCUGUGACUGCUUUUGUACACAAAUAAGAGUGCACUUGGCUUUUUUGUAUUGUGUGACUGCAACACUUUUCACUAUUGCUCUAACAUAAUUUUAAUUGCUUUAAACCGAUUUGCUGCUGGUCCAAUAAAAGAAAAAGCAAAUCAAUAAAUGCAGUUACCCCACAUUAACUGUUUUUGUGUUUUGAUAUGUGUAUUUAACAAAGAACAAGAAUUGAGGAAUCCAAAGAUAAUUCAGUCUAUUUUUUUAGUGUGUAGAGUGUUGACUAUUUUACUGUAGGUGAAG